AUGUGUCAAGACGUGUCGACGUUUUGCAAGUUGCGGGCCUGGUUUGUCGGCCUGGCUGCCGUGGCCCUUUGUGGCCAGGUGAGAGCGGAGGAGGAUGCGGACAAGGUGGUGGAUGGCUUCAGCGACACGGACCGGGCCAAGAUGGCCGAGGGCUCCGAGAAGCACGAGUUCCAGGCGGAGGUGAACCGCCUGAUGGACAUCAUCAUCAACUCGCUGUACACCGACAAGCAGGUGUUCCUCCGCGAGCUGAUCUCGAAUGCCGCCGACGCGCUGGAGAAGGCGCGCUUCCACAGCGUGCAGGACGAGACCUUCCUAGGCGACACCAAGGAUCUGGAGGUGAAGAUCGAGCACGACCCCGAUGCCAAGACGAUCUCCAUCAUCGACACGGGCGUCGGCAUGUCCAAGGCGGACUUGAUCAAUAAUUUGGGUACGGUCGCCAAGUCCGGUACCACAAACUUCUUGGAGGCCAUGGCCGAGGGAGGCGAUGCGAACCUCAUCGGCCAGUUCGGCGUGGGCUUCUACAGUGCCUUCCUGGUCGCUGACAAGGUCUCGGUGACCUCCAAGUGCAAUGAUGACCCGGUGCAACACGUUUGGGAGUCCUCCGCAGAUGCCUCCUUCACGGUGGUGGAUGACCCUCGUGGCAACACCCUUGGCCGAGGCACGCGAGUGACGCUCCACCUGAAGGAGGACGCGCACGACUACUUGUCCGAGGACAAGCUGAAGGAGAGCGCCAAGAAGUACUCCCAGUUCAUUCAGUUCCCCAUCUACGUGAAGGUGAAGAAGGAGGUGGAUGCGGAGGCCGAGGAGGACGAUGACGAUGACGACAAGGAUGACGAGGAGGAAAAGGAUGAUGUGGAGACCAAAGAUGAGGAGGAGAAGGAGGAGGAAGACAAGAAGCCAAAGAAGAAGACCGUCUUCGAAUGGGAGCAGGUGAACACUCAAAAGGCCAUCUGGCUGCGCGCCAAGGAGGAUGUGACGGAGGAGGAGUACAACGAGUUUUACAAGAGCAUCUCCAAGGACUACCUCGAUCCGCUGGCCUACACGCACUUCAACGCAGAGGGCGAGAUCGAGUUCAAGUCGAUCCUCUUCCUCCCGAAGAAGGCCCCCUUCGACAUGAUGGACAACUACUGGACCAAGAAGUCCGAGGUGAAGCUGUUUGUCCGCCGCGUGCUGGUCGCCGAGAAGUUCGACGAGCUGCUGCCUAGGUACCUGAACUUUGUCCGAGGUGUCGUGGACUCAGAUGACUUGCCCCUGAACGUGUCCCGCGAGCAGCUGCAGCAGAACAAGAUCAUGAAGGUUAUCUCCAAGAAGCUGGUGCGCAAGGUCCUGGAGCUGAUGAAGAAGCUGGCCAAGGACGAGGAGUCCGGUGGCGAUGACGAGGACGAGGAGAAGGAGGACGAAGAGAAGGAGGAGAAGGAGGAGAAGAAGGAGAAGAAGGAUGAGGAGGGCCUCUGGAGCAAGUUCUGGAAGGAGUUCAACAAGAACCUGAAGAUGGGCUGCUAUGAGGACGACUCGAACCGCUCCAAGCUCUCCAAGCUCUUGCGAUUCUUCACCACCAAGUCUGAGGGCAAGGAAGUGAGCCUGGACAAGUACCUGGACCGGAUGCAAGAGAGCCAAGAGAGCAUCUACUACAUGUCCGGUGAGUCCCUGGAGACGAUGAAGAAGGCCCCCGCCCUGCAGAUCUUCCUGAAGAAGGAUCUCGAGGUCCUGAUGCUGCCCGACCACCUGGAUGAGCCUUGCCUGCAGAAGCUGGCGGACUACGAGGGCAAGAAGUUCGUGUCCAUCCAGAAGGCCGACGUCAAGCUGGACGAGACCGAGGAGGAGAAGAAGAAGUUCAACAAGAUCAAGGACAUGUACAAGCCCUUGACAGACUGGUGGAAGAAGAAGCUGACGGACCUGACGGAGAGCGGGGCCAUGAAGGAGGCCGGGGUGAAGGUGGAGAAAGUGGAGGUCUCCAAGAGGCUGACGGAAUCGCCCGUGGUGGUGGUGACCUCCCAGUUCGGCUACUCCGCCCAGCAGGAGAAGGUGAUGAAGUCGCAGGCCUUCCAGAACAAGGAGCAGCUUUCCAUGAUGGCCGGCCGCAAGACGCUGGAGGUGAACCCCAACCACCCCGUGAUUGUGGACCUCCUUGCGAAGGUGAAGGCCAGCGAGGGUGACGAGGCCGCCGCCAAGACGGCCGAGGUGCUGUUCCAGACCGCGCUGAUCGAGUCCGGCUUCGAGAUCGCCGACCCCUCGGCCCUUGUGAGCCACGUCUACAGACUCAUGUCCAAGGAGCUCGGCGUCAACCCCGAUGCCCCCCUCAAGGAGAUUGAGGUGCCCGAGGAGGAGGAGGAGGCCGAGGAGGAGGACAAGGAGGACGACGACUCCGAGGAGGACUCCAAGGAGGAGAAGGAGGAUUUGUAA